UCCCUCUCUCCUCCCUCUUUUCUAAAAAAUGCAGCCCCCCUCCCCCAUCCUCUCCCCUUUCUAUCUCUUUUCUCCAAAUCUUGAUUUCUUCUCCAUUUCAACAUCUCUCUCCAUCAAGUCUUCCCAUGUUUACAAUCUCCCCCCCCUCCCAAGCUUCUUCUCCUGCUUCAUGCCUCUUCUGCCUUUUUUUCGUUUCAAAUGCAAGAGCUACAGUAGAUCGGACGAAGGGGAGAGUUGGGUGACGUUGGAUAGCUUGACACGGGGAGACAACGACGAAAGUGCAGACCAAGAAGCUUUGAAUGACUUGAGAAGAUCUACUUUUCUUGAUUUUUUUCUUGAUUUUAUGGUGUGUUAUCGAAAAAAGGGUUGUCUGUCUGACAGACAACUGUAAGUGCAGUGUCUGUAUUUGUUAGUAAGACUCGUGAAGUUGUCUGUCAUUUGAUCGUUAGUUGUCUGUAUUUGUUUUGAGUUGUUUGUAUUUGUUUCGAGUUGUCUGUCAUGUUGUUGUGAGAAGUCUGUAAGAGUCGUGAAGUUGUCUGUCUGUCUGUAAUUGAUGGUUAAUUACCUGUAUUUGUUUUGAGUUGUCUGUAUUUGUUUUGAGUUGUCUGUAUUUGAUUGUGAGUUGUCUGUAUUAUGUGAUGUUUAUUUUUUGAGAUGUAAUUAGUAUAACGAGACAGACAUUAAAUAUUCACAUACAGGACAUUACUUUAUUGUGAAUUACCAUUUUGGAAUAUGUUUCAUAAAGAAGAGAGACAAUAUGUAUAACUAGACAGACAAUAUAGAUAACGAGACAGACAUUAUUUUCACCACAAAUUACAUACAAUUCACAAUGAAAUGACAAACAACUAAGUAUGAGUUACAGACAACUUCACAACUCAAAACAAUUACAGACAACUAACAAACAAAUGACAAACAAUUAAAUAUCAAUUACAGACAUUUAUUUUUCAAAUGAUAGACAAUUUCAUGACUCUUACAGACACUGCACUUACAAGUUGUCUGUGUGACAGACAACCCUUUAUAUUUCGAAAAUACAUCAAAAAUGAAGAAAACAGAAUCAAGAAAAGAAGAUUUGCCGCUCAAGUUAUUCAAAGCUUCUUGGUUUGUCUUCGUCGUUGUCUUCCCUUGAGGUUGCAUCCGAAAUAACAACCAAUGUAGGCUCCCGUCGACAACCGGCGUAGACCCGCCGUCGGCAACGUCACCGGUGGAAGUGGAGAUAAGCAGGAGAAGAUUUAAGGUUGGAAGGUGAAAAAAUGGAAAAAAUGGGAAAGAUUUUGAGAUGGAGAAGAAAGGGGAAGAGAGGGGGUGCAUGAAAAGAGGAGAGGGGGAGGGGGAAGGGGAGGAAGAGAGGUGGGGUGCAGGAGAGAGGAAGGUGGAGAAGAAAAGUGGGGGUGGGAUUUUAUAUGGAGUACAAAUGGGGUAGGGUUUGGGAUACAUAUAGCAAAAUUGAUCGUCCACAUAAUAUCCACUUCACGAGAGCUUUAAUUGUUUUGAAACUUUUAUUUCAAACUUCAAAUAAAGAUGACACAUUUUAUCUAGUGUUCUAAAUGAUGUAGGAAGUUCCUAUCAGUCUAUCACCAUGACACCGACCUGAGGAGACCUUAUGUAAAUUAUAUCGUAUAACCGGCAUACCAUGCGCAUGGUAUGCCUAGUCCAAAUACGUUACCGUUUUUUGAUAAGAAACGUUAUUUAAUUUUGCACACUUGUACUUUCCCACCUUUGUUUUUUUGUUCUUCAUUUUUUAAGUUUUAUUUGUUUCUUUAUCAAAAGUUCUCUCCCUCUAAGUCACACAUCACUCCCCUAUUCUCGUUUCUUUUUUUUCUUUUACGUUUUUUACUUUUUAUGUUCUAAUUAUCGAAAGCUAUCAUGUUUCCAAAUGAUUUUCUUAAUAUGUACUACGUAUUAUAUUUUGUGAUCAAAUUUUAAUCCUUUCAAAAAUAAAUUAAUUAUUUUUUCUUUGUGUCUUAGUCCUUA